AUGUCAGGUCCCGAGUUGAGGGAUAUAGAGAAGGAGGCUGACAUAGAUUAUGAGCGGGAUGAUGUACCUCUGAUGAGGGAUGUGGCUGAGAUAAAUACCGCAGUCAGAGACAAAUUCCCCCUGCCCAAUAGGGGACAUGUUCCAAAGCUAGAAUGGAGCAAAGAUCACACCCCUAGAGAAUGUCUUAACAAAUCAAAGGAAGAUUGGACCCGGCAAACGGGCCAACACCCAGAUAGAAAGGGAGUACAACAGGAGUGGUUUAGGCGAGCCAUAUUAGAAGGAGUCCCGGAAAAAGUUAAAAAACCAAUGCUAGACAACCUUGACCUGCCGGGGAGCGACCCCGGCAUUUGGGAAAAACACCUUAUACAUCACCUGCAGAGGGCCAGGGAUGAGGAAAAGGACAAAGAGGAGCAAAUUAAAGAGCUUCAACAGCAAUUAUUGAAGCUGGAGUUGGGAAGAGCCCGCAAGGAAGCGACGGAUGUAAAACAGAAUAAAAAACAAAUGAUGGUCAGUGGUGGACCCGCUCCUCCACCGGACUUCCCACACAGCCCUGACUUAUACCCACUCCCUCCUUGGGAGCAGGGACCCCCGCCGGGAAGACUUAUGAAGUACGGUGGGGGCUAUUCAAACAGAGGGUUCCGUGGUGGGAGCGGUUUGAGAGGUGGCUGGGGCCGCGGGAGGGGUCGGGGACAGGCCUCCUACCAAGCUCGCCUAUUAGGACGAGAUUUGCUUAUGAAACUACAUGCCUCCAUCCUGUGUAGCGCCGAUGGCCUCACUGUGACUUUGCCCAAUGGACGUACCCUGCCCUGCCUGUCACACACGGCUGGACAGGGUCAAUGGCUUUUGAAAUCAACCGAACCAGAGUAUGCUGACAUUUACUGGGGACUGUUGCCCGACGGCCCUCCAGGUGACGGCAGUCUUCUGGACACCUAUAACGCCUGGAAACCUUGGAUCACCCACCUUGCGCCCUAUGCUCCUCCCCCCGACCCGCCGCAUCUCAUUCUGUUUUACGAUAGGGAUGGUGACGAUUGCUACCAACAAGAAUUUGACGACAUACAGGGCAAUCAAUGGGAGGUCCGGUUGACUGACCUUUAUGUGGCUCCGGAGGGGGUGGCGGCUGCUGCAUCCCUUACGGAGUCAAAAUUUGUGUGGUAUAGGAUGGGGGACGAGGCGGUACCACACGUGUCGCUGGCCCUCCAUCCUGACCAUCAGGCCAAGGACUUGGGUCCCAUGACUAAAACAGCCACGUCAGCGAGUGACUGGCAACGCUCUCAACUUCCGGGCGUCUUCUUCUCCCCCACUACUAACAUAUGGAAGAUUUCCCAUUCUUCCCUAGACACAGUGACGCUGUGUCACGAACAAAUUGGUAGGAGCCAUGGCAGGGAGAAAACGAAUCACCCCAUAGCACAAGCCCUUAUCGACAACCUACCAGACUCAUUAUGGUCAUCUGGACCAACGGAUGUGGGGUUGGUCGAUUGUACCCCUAUCUCCUUCACUCUGAACACUGACUGUCCCAUUUGGAUACCUCAGUACUCACGAAAGGCUGAAGCGGAGGAAGGCAUUGCUGAGACCAUUCAGGGCCUGUUGGCAUCUGGGGUCCUCGAGCCCUCCACUUCGGCCUGGAAUACGCCCAUCCUGCCGGUAGAAAAACCCGGUACAGGUACAUACCGCAUGGCUCAUGAUUUACGAUCCAUAAACAAUGUCCUACUGACCCCUACCAUUCCUGUCCCCAAUCCAUAUAUGGCUCUGAAUGCCCUGGACCCCCGACAGAAGUGGUUCACCUGUAUAGAUUUAGCUAACGCUUUUUUCUGCCUUCCCUUGGCCGACCACCUACGUGAUGUUUUCUCUUUUACAUUUCGUGGCCGUCAGUUCUGGUACACACGUGUGCCGCAAGGGUUUGCCAACUCGCCCGGCCUUUUCAAUCAGGUUCUCAAAGACAACCUGUCUGACUGCCCCUUUCCCCCGGACUGCACUUUGGUACAGUACGUUGACGACCUGUUGCUUGCAGCGCCUAGCCCCAGCUCUUGCACAUUGGCCACCGACCAGGUUCUCCGCCAUUUGUCUACCGCUGGGUUUAAAGUCAGCAAAACCAAACUUCAGGCUAUUAGGACGCAAGUCUCUUUUCUUGGCAGGGUCAUUUCUCAAAAAGGGGCGGCAAUAUCGGCGGCCCACAGAACUAACAUCCUCUGCCACCCCAAACCGUUGAAAGUCAAGGACAUGCUAUCUUUCUUGGGUUUAACUGGGUACAGCAGACAUUAAAUCCCCAAUUAUAUUGGGCUAACGACACCUCUCCGCCACAUGGUCAGAACAUGUGGCAUGCGCAAUCUCAAUGCGCACCUCCCUUGGUCCAUGGAAGCCGAGCACUGCUUCACUGAGUUAAAGCAAUUGCUCGCCCAAAGUGCCGAACUAGCUAUUCCAGAUCACACCCUGCCAUUCUUUUUAGAUGUUUCUGAAACAGAAGGUGUGGUAAAUGGCAUUCUGUUCCAGAAAAAAGGGGGUGAACGGAAGGUGUUGACAUACGCUAGCAUUAUGCUAGACGCAAUGGAAAAACGACACCCCCCACGUACACCACACACAGCAGGAAUAGCAAACAUUUUGCUAAAAACAGCACACAUAGUCAUGGGACACCCCCUUACAGUAUUAACAACACACAGCGUGGUGGCAUAUGUGAAUUCACAAAGAUUUACCAUGACCCCACUGCGGCAGCAACGAAUAACCAAGGCGUUAGAAGCCCCGAAUGUCACAUUUAUACAUAAAGGGAUCAACAUGGCAGACAGAAUGGGAACAGGAGAACCACAUGAGUGUGUGCGUAGAAUAGAGCAGGAAGAGAAGGUUAGGCCUGAUCUAGAGGCACAGGCCAUACCAGGGACAAAAACAUUGUAUACAGACGGGUGCUGCUAUAGAAAUGAAGAGACAGGCCUCCAGGCAGGAUACGCAGUGGUGAGACAAACAGAGGAGGGAUUUGAGACAGUAAUAGCCAAAAGAAUGGAGGGCCAGUUGUCAGCCCAGCGGGCAGAGAUCAAGGCACUUAUAGCAGCCCUGGAAUGGAGCAGGGGAAAGGAGGUAACCAUUUAUUCAGAUUCUGCCUAUGCUGUGGGGGCAGUGCAUAUUAAAAUUCCCCAAUGGAAAAGAGUAGGGUUUCUUACGGCAGGGGGGAAACCGAUCAGACACGAACAAGAAAUGAAAGAACUACUGGAGGCAAUACAGUUGCCCCAAAAGGUGGCCAUAGUAAUGGGUCACGAUCCCACCAACACCCCGGUUGCGAAGGGAAAUCAGGAGGCGGACCGGGUAGCCAAACAAGUGACAGGGUACAGGGUAUCCUAUCAACUAAUAGUGUAUGAAGACGAGGUGUUGAGGGCCAAAUGGGAUCAUGAAACGAUCAAAUAUUUUCAGGGGGAAGCAGGCCUCCACGAGAAAGCAGUAUGGGUUCAACGGGGAGCCACAGAAGUAGAGGGCCUGUGGCAGGGCCCAGACAGGAGAGUGGUCCUACCCCCGGGAAUAAGAAAAAGGGCGCUACAAGAGGCCCAUGGGGAGAUUGUCUUAGACUACACCGAUAUGGGUGAAUCCGGAAAAGUGAAGGGAUAUCAAUAUCUAUUGGUAUGUGUAGACCAGUUGACUGGAUGGCCCGAGGCAUGGCCGGCAAAAAAGGAAGACAGUGCGACGGUCAUCAAAUGCCUAAUUAACUAUUAUAUCCCAAGACAUGGGUUUCCAGCUAAAAUAAGGACAGAUAACGGCACCCACUUUAAAAAUUCAGACCUGCAGAAAGUGGAAGCCAUGUUAGGAUUGAAGCACGCCUUCGGAACCGUGUACCACCCACAGUCACAAGGUAAGGUAGAAAGGAUGAACCAAAACCUCAAACAAAAACUAGCUAAGAUCUGCGCGCAGACAAAAAUGAAUUGGGUGGGUGCCUUACCUUUGGCACUUAUGACAAUAAGGUCCUCCAUAAACCAAGGAACGGGAUUCACACCGUAUGAAUUAAUGACAGGCAGACAGUUUCCGGGGCCGGGAGCGGCCCCCCAAGAUAAGAUGGGGAACCGGGGAAUGAAUGCCGGAAAAUGCUUUAAGGAAUUACAAGCUCUUGUUUCAGACUUUUCCCAACAGGUGGGCAAGAAGCAGACACAGCCAACAGGGAUGACCUUGCCAACGGCAAAGUGGGUCCUCCUGCGAGUCAUUAAGAGGAAGUGGUCGGAACCCAGGUGGACAGGACCAUACGAGGUAACGGAAAGGACCUCACACGCGGUGAGGCUGAAAGGGAAGGGGACCACCUGGUACCACUGGAGCCAGUGUGCAGCAGCCGAGGAACCAGGUAGAACCCUGCAAGACAUACAGGACGAUCUACAAGAAGCGUCCACCUCUUCGGGUGGACUCGAAGGUUCACUGACCCUCCCCGAAGCCGACACUGUUAGCAGAAGUCAGGGUGAAAGUGCUGGUAACCUCUCCCCUAGGUCAUAG